GCUACUAGGGCUGCCGUAGUUGUGAGGGACGCGGGGAAUUAUGGGUAAUGUUGUCAUCACAAUACUAUACUCCUGGAGAGCGGGAACACGGCUGUAUGUUCGGAGUAGUAAGCUACAAUAAAAGGUUAACGAUCUAUCUGUGCCUGCUGCAUCAUUGUUAUAGGAAGACAUAACAAAAGUGGCGACGAGGACGAGUGAACCGACGCGUGUUGUCAGUGUUAAGAAGAGGAGAGUUUUCCUUGUCUCACGGGAGCCCCGAGCUAACGCUAAUGCUAGCGCAGGUGUCCGCCGGCAUUCCGACUAUUCCUGCUGAGAGAAGAGGGGACCGGAGACCAGCGACACCGACCAAAGUCAAAAACGGAGCGCCAUUAGCGGUAAGACGACCAGUAAGAUGGCUGGAGUUAUCGGCUCGAUUGGCCCCUUUGAUGAGAAUGUCGAGCAAUGGAGCUCAUACACGGAGCGCUUUGACUAUUUUGUCGCAGCAAAUGGAAUUGAUGAUGGCAAGAUUGUACCUACUUUUCUGAGUGUGAUCGGCCCGAAGACAUUUACCCUGCUUCGGAGCAUCCUACAGCCAGAGAAACCAGGGAGUAAAACGUAUAAAAACAUUGUGGACAUUUUGACCAAACAUUUCUCCCCCAAACCUCUGGUAAUCGCCGAAAGAUUCAGAUUUCACCGGCGACAUCAGGAAGAGGGUGAGUCUGUCACCAUGUUCAUGGCAGCUUUACGUAAACUGGCCGAACACUGUGAGUUUGGUGACACACUGAGUGAUGCGUUAAGAGACAGGCUUGUAUGUGGACUGGCAAAUGAAGCAGCACAAAAAAGAUUGCUUACAGAAAGUGAUCUGACUCUUGAAAAGGCCAUUAAUAUAAGUGUGUCUAUGGAAAUGGCAUCUAGAGAAGCACAGCAGCUGCAUGUGAAAGUGCACAAACUCAGCAUCAACCAAGAUGUGCAAGGGCCAUGCUUUCGCUGUGGUAAAUCUGGCCAUCUUGCAUCUGCAUGUUGGUGCAAGGAUAUGGAUUGCCAUAAAUGUGGGAAAAGAGGCCAUGUGGAGCGGGCGUGCAGAUAUAAAAAGAGCAAAGAGGAUGGCUCAAAGACUGGAAAUAAAGUGAAAAGUGCACAUUACAAGAAGAAAAGACAGGUUCACACAGUCAAAUAUGAAAAGGAGAGUAACAGUGAUUCUUCUGAGGAGGACAUGUCUACCACAGUGAAUACAAUACGGGUAAUGAAUGUGGGUGAGAGCUCGGAUGGUUUCUGGGCCAAAGCCAAGUUGGAAGGACAUUCCAUAAAGAUGCAAAUAGACACUGGAUCGAGGGCAUCAUUAGUGUCUUAUAAAAUCUACAGGAAACACAUGAGACAUCUCCCUCUACGUCCUGCAGACACUGUUUUCAGAGCAUACACUGGACACACGGUGCACAUGAAAGGAAUGACCGAUGUACUGGUGCAGUGUAACGAUCAGACUGUGAGACUUCCAGUCUACAUCACCCAGGGAGACUACGCCGCCAUAAUGGGUCGGGUGUGGUUAAAGGCGAUCCAUCUCAACUGGCAAGAGGUGAGAAAAAUGUCAGACAGUUCUACACAGCUUCAGAUGAUACUGGAAAAGCAUAAAGAGGUCUUUCGUGAUGAACUGGGCUGCAUGGAAAAUAUUACAGUAAAGCUACAUGUCAAACCUGACACUAAACCUGUGUUUUUGAGAGCGAGACCAGUGCCGUACGCCAUCAGAUCAAAGGUGGAAAAGGCACCUGUUUCAGCAGUGCAGAUCAAAAAAGUGACUCGCAACGACCCAGAGCUGUCAGAGGUCAUGGACAUUGUUGUUAAAGGUCGACCUGCUGGUGACACUGUGCGCCUGAAACCUUAUAUGGGAAGGAGGUUGGAGCUUUCUGUCCAGUCGGGAUGCCUGCUAUGGGGGAGGCGAGUGAUCAUUCCACUGUCACUUCGAGAAAAAAUGUUGCAACAGCUUCAUGCAGGACAUAGUGGAAUAGUCAAGAUGAAAGAAAUAGCGAGAAGCUAUUUUUGGUGGCCAGGCAUGGACAAACAAAUCGAGGAAAUGGCUACAUCUUGUUCAGCUUGCCACAAAACCAGAAAUAACCCACCAUUAGCUCCCCUGCAUCCGUGGGAAUAUCCCCAAGAACCAUGGCAGCGGGUCCACAUUGACUUCGCAGGGCCAGUGGAAGACAGAAUGUUUCUGGUUGCUAUUGACGCACACAGCAAAUGGCCUGAGGUGGCGAUAAUGAGAUCUACCACCACAGAAAGGACCAUCGAAAGGCUAGGAGAGAUGUUCUGUCGGAUUGGAUCUCCGGUUCAGUUAGUCUCUGACAACGGACCUCAGCUGGUGUCGCAUGAAAUGUCUGCAUUUCUACAAGCAAAUGGAGUGCAGCAUGUCACCUCAGCUCCUUACCAUCCUGCCACAAAUGGCCUUGCUGAAAGGUUCGUUCAGACUCUGAAACGUGCACUGAAAGCAUCACAAGGACAAGGAACAUUACACCAAAGACUACAUACUUUUCUGCUGAACUACAGAAACACUCCUCACAGCACUACAAAGGCAUCUCCUGCAAGCCUAAUGUUCAAGAGAGACCUGCGUACGACCUUCGACCUGUUGAAGCCCUCAGCAGUAAAAGACACAGUUCGAGGCCAACAGGAAAAACAGAUACAACGCAGGGAACGACAGGCGAAGAACAGAGUCUUCACAGCAGGCGAGACUGUGUUAGCGAGGAACUACAGUGGAGAACCUAAAUGGGUUCCUGCUACUAUCCUUGCUCAGACUGGACCAGUCUCCUACUCCGUUCAGACAGGUGACAGUGUCUGGAGGAGACAUGCUGAUCAGCUCCUGUCUGCGUCACCAGUGUCAGCAGAGCUGUCCUCGAAAGAUCAGACAGAUGCAGUGACCAACCCUUCAGUUCCUCUCCACACCCAAGUAAGACAUCCAGUGCCAGAUACAUCUGUUCCAGCUGCAAGUGUGACUCCAGAUGAGACUGAGACACAUGUGCAGUUGAGCCCUAAAGACGGUUUUCCGUCAGUGGACAAUAAGACUGAUGCCCCUGCAGAGAGCAGGUAUCCUAAAAGAGAGCGGCGACCCCCUACACGCUUGAGUCUUUAGAAUAGUUAGCAACUAUCCCAGACCAUCAGGGGCAGAAUAAUCCCCUUGGGAUCAGUUGAGGGAUAGAGGCAGUCUACCCUCAUCCCUGAGUUAGAGUUAAAACAUAUACCUGUUAGGUGUGGUUUAAAGAAAAAGAUAAGGUUGUGACAUUUAGUUGGUUGUGUUAAGUCACGUGUUGAGAUAAUCUUAGAUACCAGAAAUAAGUUGAAUGUGUAUGUUUACGUUCUUUGAAAU